ACUCAUUUAAAUUUAGGUUAAGUUCACGGGUGCAUAAAAUUCUAUUCAUGAAGAAAUGAUAUUUUCAUCAAAUAAAUUUAUACAUUAAUUUCAUCAUCGGCUAUGUAAACUCCAUAAAUAUUACAGCAAAAUUUAAAAAAGACAAUAUUUUAAGUUAGUAAUCCUUUAAUCAUUCAAGCAAAAUGUUUUGGAGUGUGAUAGUCAGGUAUGCGACAAGAUAUGCGCCUUUUAUUACUGUUCCAUUCGCUGGAAUCAUUGGAUACAUAGGUUACAAUUUAGAAGAAUUGAUAUCGGAUAAAUAUACUCCGUUUAGUGAAUCAAUACAACAAAAACGAAUGGAAAGACUGACUACAGAUGAAAAAUUAGAAGAUACGUUAAACACAGGAAAAUCUAAGAGCAAGGUAGCACAAAGUAAUUCGGUUUUAGACACAAAUUUAUCUCCAUCAUUGCAAGCAAAAAGAAAAGAACAGCUAAAUUAAAAAAUAGAUUACAUUAUUUACAAUAAUAAUGUAUUCUGAACAUUUAGUACUUUAUAAGUUGAAACCAAAUAGAAAAACAGUUUCCUUUUCUAUUUUGU